AAGGAAAUGUGCUGCUUGAUGCAAGGGAAGCUGUCGUAGACAAUGUUGAUAAAGUUAUGGAGAACAUGAUGCAGGGCAAUAAGAUCAGACGAGUUGCAGCUACUCGCAUGAAUGAGAGGUCAUCUCGAUCACACACGAUUUUCCGGAUUAUUCUGGAGUCGAAAGAUGCCAAUCAGAAAGAUGGACCUGUACAUAUAAGCUACCUUAACUUAAUGGACUUAGCUGGUUCUGAGAGAGUUUCUCUGACGAAAGCUGCUGGUGAGCGUCUUAAAGAGGGGGCUAACAUAAACAAAUCUUUGUCAGUAUUAGGAAAUGUGAUAAGGCAACUAAGCGAGGGGAAGGAGUUUAUCAGUUAUCGCGAUUCGAAAUUGACUAGACUGCUCUCACAGGCUCUUGGCGGAAAUGUGCUGCUUGAUGCAAGGGAAGCUGUCGUAGACAAUGUUGAUAAAGUUAUGGAGAACAUGAUGCAGGGCAAUAAGAUCAGACGAGUUGCAGCUACUCGCAUGAAUGAGAGGUCAUCUCGAUCACACACGAUUUUCCGGAUUAUUCUGGAGUCGAAAGAUGCCAAUCAGAAAGAUGGACCUGUACAUAUAAGCUACCUUAACUUAAUGGACUUAGCUGGUUCUGAGAGAGUUUCUCUGACGAAAGCUGCUGGUGAGCGUCUUAAAGAGGGGGCUAACAUAAACAAAUCUUUGUCAGUAUUAGGAAAUGUGAUAAGGCAACUAAGCGAGGGGAAGGAGUUUAUCAGUUAUCGCGAUUCGAAAUUGACUAGACUGCUCUCACAGGCUCUUGGCGGUAAUGCCAAAUCAUUGAUUAUCGGGAAUGUUACUUUAGCUGCAGAGGAGGAGACUAGAUCUACACCAGAAUUCGCCCAAAGCACUAAAACUGUCAAAAAUAAAACGAAAGUAAACAUCUUGUCAGCUACAGAAGAGACACUUCAAGGAUAUCAGAACUUGACUCGCGAUCUCGAAACUCGGCUCAAAAAGCAGGCAAUUAAGCUAAAAGAGAUGGAUAAAAGCAAACAAGAGUAUCUGCUCGAGAUAGAAAGACUAAAAACGGAAGUAUCUAUUGUCGGGCGCUUUCAAAUGGGAGCCUCGGCAUCAACACCGAAAAAAAAUUAA